AGACCGGGGCUACAAUUAACAGGGGUAAGUAUUAACAAGAGAAUUUCUCGAGAACUAAACAAGUUAAACCUACACCACGUGGUUCAAAACGCCAUCUAGAUCACGCCACAUGACUCGGCAUUGCCCAGUUGUGCUCCACGCGUCCUGCAAGACGCAUGUGUACUGUAUCAAUUUAUUACGCAGAAUGAGAACGUAUAAACGAAAAACUAUUCGAGGAACCAAAUCCUUAGAAGUCUACGAGUUGGCUGCAAUGGAAGUGAUAGAAAGAAAUAGAAAGUAUAGAGAAGUAGCGAAAGAGUUUGAGCUCUGUCACGUUUCACUCUACAACUUCGUGAAAAAAAAGAAAUCGGGUGCACAAGCAGUAGUAGGUUACCAGAAAACCCGCUUAGUCUUCAAUGCUGCACAAGAAGAAAUUAUUGCAGAAUAUUUGUUGAAGUGCUCCAAUAUUUAUUUCGGAUUACUACCCGAAGACGUAAGGCGAUUAGCAUAUCAAUGUGCUAAAUUUUACGAUGUUGAUAAGGUACCAGAGUCCUGGCAUGUUAACCAGAUGGCCGGUAAUGAUUGGUUCACUAAUUUCAUGAAGAGAAAUCCUAAGUUGGCAAUACGAAGCCCUGAAGCCACCAGUUUGAGCAGAGCGACUUCAUUUAAUAGAACUAACGUUCAAAAUUUCUUCGAGAAAUACAGAAGCGUACUAGAAAGAUACAGCUUCCCACCAUCUCGAAUUUGGAACGUUGACGAAACAGGUAUCACAACCGUGCAGAAGCCGAAGAAGAUUGUUGCUGGCAAAGGCACAAAGCAGGUCGGUGCGGUAACAUCUGCUGAAAGAGGUGUACUAGUUACACUUGUAGUAGCAACAAAUGCUAUUGGCAAUGCCAUACCUUGUAUGUUUGUCUUUCCUCGUAUUCGUUACAAUGACAUAUUUGUUAGAAAUGGACCACCAGAAUGCAUAGGAGUUGGUAAUCAAUCGGGCUGGAUGACUCAAAAAGAGUUUGUGAAAUUCAUUGAUCAUUUUAUUCAUCAUGUGAAGCCGUCAAAAGAAGACCCUGUCUUACUCUUACUAGACAACCACAGCUCACAUGUGAAUGUAGAAGUAGUUAACAAAGCCAAGGAAAAUAAUAUAAUUCUAUUGUCAUUCCCACCUCAUUGCUCCCAUCGCCUAUAG